AUGGAAUACUACUUAUCAUUCACUGCUAUGGAGAAAUCGGCGCAUUUACGCACCCGGAUGCUUUACUCUUCAGAACCACGACAAACGAUGCCCAAGACCAACAUUCGACCGCAGCGACGCCCCUCGUCUCAUAAUUGUAUCAUGCUCAUUAUCGGUGCAGCUUGGUAUGUGCGGUACACAUGGUACAGGUCCACAGUGGAACGAAUGAUUUCGUGUCGGAUCUGA